GGAUAUUCUCUGCAAGUGUGGUCUGUGGCACGCACUUGGAAGCGCUCGACGAUGGCUUUUCUGAACAUAAGUGUCUGCUUCUUUUUAUUAGUUCUGGCAACGGCAGACCCGAAGCCUAACCGCAGUCGAGAGCCGACAGACAGUAAAAGGCUUUUUGCUGCCUUUCCCCACGCUGUGGCGGUCUUCACAUCCAACAACCACACGUCGUUUAAGUGCCUGAGUGCUAAAAGAACUCAGUUCGAUCCGGCAACUGGGACGGCCACCUACGUCUGGCAUCUCAAGGCUCACAGCGGUCACAAGAGGAAGGAUGUUGCCUUCAACUUGGCACCUGGCGACACCCCUGAUACGAGCGUUUAUUAUCUGAACGAUGAUAAAGCUCAUCAGUACAAAGCCUACUAUGGCUUCACCGACUACAAGACCUGCGUGGUGCUGAAAGUACCUUACGACAACCAUGAACACUGCAUGCUUUGGGUGAGACGAGCCGUGGUGCACAACGUACCUCAGGAUUGCCUCGAGCACUAUGAAGGAACAUGUGAUAUAAGAGUGCCACUUGUCGACAAGGACAUCUGCAAAGACGAUGAUGAAUAA